AUGGAAGAUGGCAAUUUUAACGAAGAGAAUAACAAUUUUAAUGAAGAUUUAACCGAUGAUGAAAGAGGAGAAUAUGAUGAUGGUAAUGGUAAUGUUGAUGAAAUGCUAAAUCCAGAAUCAGCACAAGACAGUGGGAAUCCUGACAUGAUAUAUGAGCCAGACACUGUAGCUGAUAUAGAAGAUGAACUGGGUGGAAUAAUUGCUGUGCCGGAUGAUGAUGAGCAGGUUGUAUUGUUGAUGUGUGUUAAUACCACUCCAGGACUUUAAUUUCAUCACAAAUCUAUUGAACAGCAAUCCUCUAUUAGAUUAUGUCAAAAUAAAUCUUUUUCAAGGAUUAAAUAAUACUUAGCAAGGUCAUGUUAAGAUAUGUAGUUAAGCCACUGUAGUUUGAGAAACAUAAUACAUUUCUAAUUUGUUUGUUCACCACAAAAGUAUCUGGGACCAAUGCUACGCUAAUAUAAAUGUGACUUGGUUAAGUGGUUAAUUAAAGUGAAAAUUUGAUGGCUGGAUUUUGAAACUCAUGCAUGGUUAACACCCGUAUUCUAAAAGCUCACUCACACUCAAUGAGUGGAGGUUCAAUCUCAGCUUUUGUUGAGUGUCAGUGCUGUUUUUGAAUACCUGGAGGGUGAGUAGUCACAUAGUAAGGUACGAUACUAGACCUCCAGCUAUUCAAAAACAGCAAUGAUACUCAAGAGAAGCUCAGAUUGAAUCUCCACUCAUUGAGUGUGAAUGAGCUUUUAGAAUACGGGCGUAAGUGGUUAAUCAAAGCAGGGUGUCCACCCUAUGGUGAAGGUGAAAUUGAAGGACUUUUCCAGGACUUUCAAGGUCCUUUUUCAGUAAAUUCAAGGACCUAGAACUGGGAAAAUCUUUGGAAAUGGCACGGAUUUUAGACUAAAAUCAGCAAAUAAUUCACUUUAUUCAGUAAUUUAAUCAAAAUCACUAAUGUUGGCACAGUUGGAGGUUAAGGAAAUUAAUUCCAGGACUUUCAAGGACUUCUACUGAUUUUCAAGGACUUUCCAGUCCUGGAAUUUUUUCCAAUUUAAGGACUAUCCAGGAUUUUUAAGGCCCGUGGACACCCUGUCAAAGUGAAAAUUUGAUGGCUGAAUUUUGAAACUCAUGCAUGGUGAAGUGGUUAAUCAAAUCAAUCAUUGACACUUUGUAAGAAAGUUUUUUUUCUGUAAAAUUGAAACAGUGAUAGCCAUUCAUGUCUGUGUGAAGUACCCUUUUAAUGCAAUGUUUUGAAAGAAACUUUGUAGUAAUGUAAUCAAGGGCAAAAUUGGAUGAGUUGUGCAAUCAUAAUUCAUAAAUACACUACGUGGCCAGGCAUAUUUUUCAAGUUUGCCCGGUGUGGAUAUACACUCAGAGUAACAUCUCAAACAUCAUAUUCACCUGAGUACACAACACCAACACAGAAAAAUACACUAAUACAUAUGUACAGUACAUACAUACGUCAUGUAGCUAACUUUUUUUUUGGGGGGGGGUAGGGUAGGUUCAAAACCCUAACAUUCCAUGGUGGCCGCUGCACUUCCCCUAAAUUUUUCCAACUCCCCCAGCAUUCCCACAAAAACGCGGCCUUGGUUCUACUUAAACAUUAUUGCAUCAAAUUUUAUAGAAUUUUGCAAUUUGUUUCCACCAAAAAAAACUGUAGAAUACCCCAUUAAUCCACCAAAUCUGACCCAAGGAAUAUCCAAAUUGGUGGAUGCCAUUGUUUGCAAUGCUCAAAAGCCUCACGAAUAAUUGCAUAUUAAAAGAGUCAAAACAACCAAAAUUUUAACGGUCAAAACAACUAGUUUUAUUUGCUCGUUUGUAUACGCAACUUUUGCAAUUUUUACUGUGGUAAGUACAAGUGUAGACUUGAGCUAGCAUGCCAGUUUUUUACAAGUACACUUGAGCUGAAAGGAUAGUAGACUUCCGCAAAGUCCUUCGUCUUUGUUUAGAAAUUGGAAAAUUACAAUUUUUUCUUGUCUGUAUGGGUCAACAAAAGAAACCUUGUCAAAGUAAUCUGAGCACUUGCAUGCUGUUGGUCAGCGAUCUAUUGUUGUAAUGGAUAAUAAUAGCUAUGGUGGCGGUCAGAAAACAAAAAACUUACCAUAAAAAACAGCGAGUUUGUCCAAUCAAUAUGUACAGUAUAGACAAUACCUUGAAACGCAGCUGAUGGUAUAGAAUACCAGGAUUUGAAAGGACUCAUGUGGAAGGGUUUUGUAGAUGGAAACUUCGAGUGAGAAUUUUAGGCUCCACGCACACGUAUCCAGAUUCGUUUGUAUCCGCAAACACUUUGUUGUGGAUAUGUUUUCCGCCCACACGUAUAUAUCCGUCGAAAACGCACACCGAAACCGCAACGCAUACUGUGGCAAACUCUUGAAAAGGCAACGAAUCUGGAUACGUGUGGACGCACUGAAACGGGAACGUUUUGAAAACGAUGACGUAAAUCGAUUAAAUUUAAUAUCCACCCACUCUAACAUAUAGAACCCAGUCCACGUUGAACCAGUAAACUCUAUAAAUACUGGAACAAUAACUCCAGGUAAACUGUCCUAUGAUUUGGGUGAAGCCAAGAUGAUUACGAAGGGGUUUUUCGAAACGCCAUUUUGUUUUCAAAUAAAUUGUUAUCUACAAUCUAAACCUGGUCUAUUUCUUGUUAACUACAGCACAUGGGUAAGACCAUAUACGGAUUUGAAUCCCAAGAGGAUGAAAAUGAUGUAAGUACUUGUAGUUUUGUUCAGUGUUAGCAGCUUCAUGGUUAGUAAGUUGUUUGUCUUGCUAGUACAAACUAUUAAUUUGUUCUUUUAUUCCAUUGGCAGCUUGUACAAAUUCAUGGGCGAGAUUUCCCACUACUUUGGGAAGAGGACCCAAAUAACCCUGAACCUAUCAUUCUUGCGCCAACGGCACCAGUUCACCAUGACAAU